ACAACCCUACACUCAUGUGACAGCUGUGGGAAAAUAAUGAUAAGCCAAGUUGGACGAGAACUGUACAAGGUGCCGCUUCGCAUUCUAGACCACCGGGUAUUCGUCAACGGCGAGAUCGAGUCAUUUCUGGAAAAUUUUGAAACCCGCAGGAACGACAGCGAAGUGGAAAAACUUUUCCAGGUCGCCGAAACUGUGGGAUCUCUCAAGUACGAUCUCUCUGAUCGCUGCAUUGGCUCUGGAAGCCAGAACCUGACCGACCUGGGAAGUGAGGUAAACCAGCUUCUCGAAGGAGUCAACGAUCUGUUGGCCAAAGCGAAAGUGGAACGAACUCCCAGCACUCGGCUUCAGGAGGCUCGACUGGCACGUGAGAAACGCCGGGCUGAAUUUUUGACCAACUUGGAGCACGGCUAUCGCCGUAUCGAGAAUUCCUUCGAGGAGAAGGAGGAGGAGAUUGCUGAACUUUACUCAGACCUCCAGCUGAAGCUAAACAUUCCCAAGUAA